AUGGACAGCCUGGAUUCAGACCUGGUGCUGACGCUUUGCCCUUGGUUACACUACCUGACUUUGGAGCCUGACAAGAUUCUGAUAGUGAAGGUGAAAGAGGCAGAGCAGGCCGGUGAUCAGGACUUCAGUGUCUAUUGGAGUAGCUGCUACAACCCAGAGACCUUCAGGCAGUUUGGCUACCGGGAUUCACCUGGGCCCCAGGAUGCUCUAAGCCAGCUCCGGGAGCUUUGUCAUCUCUGACUGAGGCCGCAGGUGCACACCAAGGAGCAGACUGUGGAGCUGCUGGUGCUGGAGCAGUUCCUGGCCAUCCUUCCCAAAGAGCUGCACGCUUGGGUGCAGAAGCAUCAGCCAGAGAAUGAAGAGGAAGAAGCCUUGACUGUGCUGGAGGAUGGGGAGCGAGAGCUUGAUGGGCCAGCAGAGCAGAUCUUACUGUUUAGACAAAGAGAGGACAUGCUUGCAGAGAACUGUACACAAAACUUUCGGUUGUCCUAUGAGAAAAGGCUCGGGGCCAAGCAUGAUUUCAAUGUGGUCAUUGUCGUCCGGCCACCCCUCCUCCUCCUCGCGGAGCGCAUCUCCAUGGCAACGCGGGGCUUCGCCUCUCCCCGCCCCCUCGGGCCAGCAGACCGGAAGCAGUCCGCGCCGGAGGCUUCUGGGAAGAACUUAUUUAGCGGCGUUUCAGCGUCUGCCCUGGACAGCGAAGCUGUUGCGGUUCCUGAGCCCGAGGUUUGCGUCCAAGCGGGGAAAGGGUGUACGAAGGGGACGCUGGGCUCGAAGCUGUGGGUUUCGUGGAAGGAGCGAGUGAAAGAGCCGGGUGAGGACCUUCCGCGACUUCCAGGGAGGCGUAGGGAACGGGCCCCGUUCGCCGCACCCAGCAUCUGGGAGACAGGAGGAAAAGACGGAAGGCUUGCUUGGAUCUUCGCCAUCUGCAGCUCAUAUUCGCUCAUCUCCUGUGUCCCUAGCCAUCCCCGCCUUCCCCCUCCCCCACCAGCUGGUUUUGUUCUAUUUCGAGGCCUUGGCGCAUCGCGGAGGGUUCUGGGACUCGUUUCGGGCGGAGGUGGGAGAGGGCGGGCCUGGCGCGACUGUUGCCGGGAUUUGUAG